AUGUCGUCGCCACCUCCGGGAUCAGCGCCGCCACCUACGUCAUCACCAGCGCCUCCAACAAGCAAUGCCUCACCACCACCUGCAGCUUCAACCCCGCCACCUACAACAACUUCUCCUCCACCUGCAACUCCAACACCACCAGCCUCCUCUCCGCCGCCGUCGUCCUCGCCUUCACCGCCACAACCUCCUCCUUCAAACCCGCCUCCGUCAACAACCCCACCAUCACCACCAUCCUCCACCACACCAAUUCCGUCCCCGCCGUCUGGUUCUACACCCACACCUCCUUCACCACCUUCCGGCAGGAAUUCACCUCCCGUUCCCUCUGGUAGGAACCCACCGCCGGAACAGACUGGUACAGCCAGAUCUCCGCCAUCAACAUCAUCAUCGAAUGACAAUGCAAAUGGGAUAUCAACGGGAACGGUAGUGGGCAUAGCCAUAGGGGGUGUGGUUAUACUUGUUAUUCUGACUAUACUUUUUAUAUGUUGCAAGAAAAAGAAGAGAAGAACGCAUUACUAUCCACCACCGCCACCACCUGAGCCUAAAGCUGAUCCAUAUGGCGGCCCAGGAUACCAUUGGCAGCAUAAUGCUCCGCCACCUGGUAAUCAUGUUUUCACUGUACCACCGAAACCUUCUCAACCACCCACUGGUAGUUCACGACCUCCGCUCUCACCAGUACAAGCCCCUUCACUUGAAAGGCCUCCUCCUCCUUACAACAACAGUAGUGGAGGUUCUGGUUCUAGUUAUUCUGGACCUGAAAAUCCACUUCCACCACCAUCACCUGGCAUGGCCUUUGGGUUCUCGCAAAGCACAUUUACAUAUGAAGAGUUGGCGAGAGCAACAGAGGGAUUCUCAAAUUCGAAUCUUCUUGGACAAGGUGGUUUUGGUUAUGUGCAUAGGGGGGUUCUGCAAAAUGGGAAAGAGGUCGCUGUCAAGCAGCUAAAAGCUGGAAGUGGACAAGGGGAGCGUGAAUUUCAGGCUGAGGUUGAGAUCAUAAGCAGAGUGCAUCACAAACAUCUCGUUUCAUUAGUCGGAUACUGCAUCACCGGGACUCAGAGACUGCUUGUUUAUGAGUUUGUUCCAAAUAACACCUUGGAAUUUCACUUGCAUGGAAAGGGAAGACCUACUAUGGACUGGUCAACAAGAUUGAAAAUUUCUUUGGGGACUGCAAAAGGAUUGGCAUAUCUACAUGAGGAUUGUUAUCCAAAGAUUAUUCAUCGGGAUAUCAAGGCAGCUAAUAUUCUUCUAGAUUUCAACUUUGAAGCAAAGGUUGCAGAUUUUGGUCUUGCAAAGAUUACUUCUGAUGUUAAUACUCAUGUCUCCACUCGAGUGAUGGGAACUUUUGGUUAUAUGGCCCCGGAAUAUGCUUCCUCCGGAAAACUUACCGAUAAAUCAGAUGUGUUCUCCUUUGGGGUCAUGGUUCUGGAAUUGAUUACUGGACGUCGACCUGUUGACAGUAAUCAAUCUUUCAUGGAUGAUAGCUUGGUAGACUGGGCAAGGCCAUUGCUCACACAGGCUUUGGAAGAUGAAAAGUUUGAUGCCCUUGUUGACCCACGAUUGCAAAAGGACUACCACCCUAAUGAAAUGGCUCGCAUGGUUGCUUGUGCUGCUGCUUGUGUCCGUCAUUCGGCAAGGCGCCGACCAAGAAUGAGCCAGGUUGUCAGGGCCUUAGAAGGAAAUGUAUCUCUGUCUGAUCUAAAUGAGGGAAUUAGGCCUGGACAAAGCUCGAUGUACAGUUCUCAUGGAAGUUCUGACUACGAUACCAUGCAAUACAACGAGGACAUGAAAAAGUUCAGGAAAUUGGCAUUGGCAAGUCAGGAGUAUGGCAGUACGGGUCACUACAGCAAUCCAACCAGUGAAUAUGGAUUAAAUCCAUCUGGCUCAAGUAGCGAAGGCCAACAAACUAGAGAAAUGGAGAAGAGAAGGAUGAAAAAUGAUAGUAACGGUUUCAGUGAUGGUACUUGA